AGGAAGAAAACAUUUUGUCAAUCACUUGAUGUAGGCUGACCAGAUGCAUACAGCUGUUCCAGAAAAGUAGAGUAGUUUUACAUCAGAAACUGCAGCUUUGAAGUAUGUUCUCUGAUAACCUUUUGUGGUUGAAAAUCUCAUUAACCCAGUUUGUUUAAAUUCUGUGUUGAUGCACUUAACUAAAAAGUAAUUGAAUAAUUUAAAAGAAGAAAAUGUCUUUCAUUGAUUGUAAAUAAUUUUGCACCAGUGAUACGGUUUAACUUUUGCUUCAGCUUCUGAAAAAAAUAGGAAACACUAGUCAUACAAGGCUUCUUUGCCUACAUAAAACUGGUAAGUUAUUCAAGUAUGUAGGUUUUGGGUUUCUAAAAAAUAUUAAGUGCUUCUGACUGUUCAUCUGGCUUCAUGUGAAUAGUCUGAUCCCAAAAUGAGCCCUGAACAUACAUCUCUUGUAAUUCUGAAUCAUAACUCAAAAUUGCUCCCAAGUAGUGUUUCACAGGGCAGAAGACUGUAAUUACCAGCCACUUGCAGACUGGAAUAUUACUUCAUCAGGAUUGGUUGUGGAUUUUUUGGUGAGGUUUUUUUGUUGUUGUUGUUGGGUUUGAGGUUUUUAAAUUUCUUUUUUCAGUCAGCCAGAAUAUUUCCUCAGGUCUUUGAAGUAUGACAAGUGCACUGGAUUGUACUUUGCCAUAGACAAAAUUCAGACAGCUGAUGCAGUUUUGGAUCAUGACAAGUUUAGGGUAAAAUACCAAGUUAAAAAAAGCUAAGAUGGGAUGUGGAAGACUGCUUUUUGUUUUAUUAAGUGAUAACAUACAAGAAAUUGUUUGGUGCUUUGAAAGAUUUAAGUUGUAGUUUGGCAUGAGUUGAAAGCAGAAGAGUUGAUGUGCUGUCAUUCUAAUAGACGCUUUGAAUAAAAACUUGAUUUAAUUUUCAGGUUUAAUGUGUGCUGCUUGGUAAUUAUUAAAUACUCAGCCUCUUCCUCGUUUCUGACAGCCCCACUUGUUGCAGAGAAGGUUUAAGGUGGUUAUUUUCCCCGUCCCUUGAAAUUUGACACGAGUUAAACCACCCGAGGCAAAUUGUUUUUUACAGUUUCAGGAACUUGUGAGAAUCCGUCCCUCCGCGCGAAGCCCAGGCCGAGCUCUGGGUGUGCCAAGGGCUGGCUGCAGCCGUGUCCCUGCCGUCUGUCCCCGCGGGGUUCGCCCCUCUCCCUUCCGCGGGCGAGCCCCAGAGGCCCCGCUUUGCCACAGGCCCGGUUUACCAGCACGGCCGGGCGCUCUGGGGACCGGGCUGCAGCGGCCUCGGCACGCCGGGCGCCCCGCGCGGUGCCCGCCCCGCAGGCCGCUCUGGCGGCCCUGGCGGCGGCGGCACCCCCGGCAGACGAGGCGAGGCGCGGCGCCGCUGCAGAUCCGCCCGCGGGGCCGCCGCGCCCGGGCCCCGGGGCUGCCGCCGCCGCCGUCUGGGGACGGGCCGGGGAGAAGGAGGAGGAGCGGCGUCCCCACGGCCACCCUGGUGCAAGCCCGCGGUGCGGCCCUGCUCGCCGCCGCUCGCCGCCGCCAUGAGCGCCGGGCAGGCCGCGGGGGAGGAGGCGGACACCGCCGCCGCGUCCCCGGCACUGCCCAGGGUGCUCUCGGCGCUCUUCUACGGGACGUGCUCUUUCCUCACCGUGCUGGUCAACAAGGCGCUCCUUAGCGCCUACAGCUUUCCAUCACCAAUGUUUCUUGGAAUUGGACAGAUGGCAGCCACUAUACUUAUCUUGUAUGUGUCAAAACUAAAUAAGAUUGUUCACUUCCCUGAUUUUGACAAAAGUAUACCUGUGAAGUUAUUUCCUCUGCCUCUGAUUUAUGUUGGAAACCACUUAAGUGGAUUAUCAAGUACCAGCAAACUCAGUUUGCCGAUGUUUACAGUACUCAGGAAGUUUACCAUUCCACUUACUUUACUGCUGGAAAUCAUCAUACUUGGGAAACGGUACCCACUGAAUAUUAUAGUCAGCGUAUUUGCCAUCAUUCUUGGGGCUUUCAUAGCCGCUGGGUCUGAUCUGUCUUUCAAUCUGGAGGGCUACAUCUUUGUGUUGCUAAAUGAUAUCUUCACAGCAGCAAAUGGAGUUUAUACAAAGCAGAAAAUUGAUCCAAAGGAGUUGGGAAAAUAUGGUGUCCUGUUUUAUAAUGCUUGUUUCAUGGUGAUUCCAACAGUUAUUAUUAGUUUUUCUACUGGAGACUUUCAGCAGGCAACACAUUUCCAGCACUGGACAAAUUUUGUAUUUGUCUUUCAAUUUAUUCUUUCCUGCUUGUUGGGGUUUCUCUUGAUGUAUUCUACUGUCCUGUGCAGUCAUUACAAUUCUGCACUCACAACUACAGUAGUUGGUGCCAUCAAGAAUAUAUCCAUUGCUUACAUCGGAAUGUUGAUUGGUGGAGAUUACAUAUUCUCCAUGUUAAACUUUGUAGGGCUAAAUAUUUGUAUGGCAGGAGGACUGAGAUACUCAUUUUUAACAUUAAGAGGAAACAGCAAGCCUGCACAACCUGGGGAUGAAGAGAAUGCACUUCCAGUGUCUAAGACUUAGACAAAAUGCCUGCCAGAGACUGAAGAGACAAGUUUGUUUAGCAUUGCCAAGACCUUAAAAAUGUAUAUGCUGGAACAUUGUUGGAACAACAAAAAAAAUCUACCUCAGUUGUCACAGACAUGCACACAAUUCACUGGCUCAGAAAUAUUCUUGCGCACAAUUUUUUUUACAUACAAACUAGUUUGAUUUUAGCUUUUUCUUCUUAAUCUGAAAGCCAUUUUAUAGGAAGGAAUGCUAUGAGCAAAUCUCAAGUUGUAAAUUUCUGCAUUUACCUGUACUUAGGUGCUAUUUCAACAAGAUCUUUGAGUUUCAUUUCAGUGACUGCCUGUAAUUUCUUGAGGCAAAAUUGCCUGCAAAGAUCAUGAGGCUUGAUUCACCAUUGCCUUAUGCCAUAUGCAAACCUAGAUAUCAGUGAGGAGAUGAAGCAUCCUAGUGGUUCAGAUUUCACACAUUCAGGUGCUCCUGGGUAAGUGAUAUAGAACUUAUGGGGCAAAGAGGAUAUUUGCCCCCAGAUUGUUCCCUGUGUAAAUGUCAACUAAAAAAUUCAGGCUAUGUCCAUGUGUGUACAUUGUGUAGGCAUUCUUUCUGUGUGUUUUUCUCAUCCUCAAGCAUACUAUGGUGUUCUGCAGAAAUUGUCACUGUUGUUAUAAAUGAACCCUUAUAACUUUGCAGCAGAUCAAGGAGAGUAGGGAAAUGACAGGGGAUUUUUUAAUAUUUGAAGAUUUUGUGUGUGUAUGUGUGUGUAUGUGUCUGUGAGCCAGUACCAACAAAUCUAUUUUUGUUGCAGUACAUUUUUCUUUAUAUUUUCUUUCACAUUCUCCUCCUCUCACCUUUUAUCUGUAACCACCUUGCUGCAGAGAAGUGGCGCUGUUAUGUACAAGCACAGUAGGGGAGGGAAACAAAGAUAUGGGGAAGAAUGACUUGUGUUUAAAUAAGGAGAAAUGGCUAGUGUCCUGUUGUGUCUUAUAUAUACAGUAAAAGCUUAUCUGGUACUAGUUUAUGUUUUCAGUUCUAAGCAAGGAAUCCUAAUAAGCCUGGGGAUGACUACAGUAGGCUCAGCUGGUACAGUGGUUAAGAGGCCCAGACUGAUGUGAUCAUCUGGGACAAUAAUACCCAUAUUUAUAUUUCAAUAACACCUGCAUCUGUAUUUCCUUCUUUCCUGUUUCUCUGAGGACAAACUGUUAACCUUUGAAAAUGUGAUAGGCACAUUGAAGUGUUGGAAGACAGCAGAAAAAUUAAUCUUGUUGAAGUUCUCAAUUCCCUGCAAGCAUGAGCCAAAAUUUUUGAAAAUAAUCAAAUCAAAAGAAGAUUUUGAAAGACUUUGACAUGGAACCAGGGUGUUCUAAUGGCUUGUUUGAUCACGUCAAUUAAAAUACAGCUAAUCUGAAAAUACAGAAAAUCAGAAAACAUUACUGUUUGUGUAGAACAUCAAUGACCAGUCGACCAGUCUGAAUUAGAUCUAAGAAACAUGUGGGUAACUCACACUAGAAGCUUCAGGGAGUGACUGCCUGCAUGGAUUUGAAUGGCUAGAGAAGCAGUGACUGCAGAUACUAGAAAUGGCAUUUAAAAACAAGGUCAAAGUGAGAAGAGAAAUCUGAGCUAUCAAUUUUCUCACAGCUGGCGAAGAAUGUGACUUCAUUUUCUAUCUGCUGAAGACCUGUGGAGGGAAGGCAUUGCUGCAAAUACUUUUCCAUGAUCUUCUGUUUUUAAAAAUUUCUUUUGUGGUUAAAAACCUUCAAUAUUUAUGAGUGUAUUCUUUUAUAAGUCUUCUCUUCCUUCAGAACCUCUCAACCUCCACAAUUUCAUUUACUGAAUCUUAACUCUCUUCCAUGAGACAAGGUACUGGAAAGUUUUCAUUUAUUAUGAAAAUUAGUAAGAGUGCUAUUUCAUUGCAAUACUGAAGAACACACAAAGACACCUGCUAAAUAAGAUGUAGUUCCCACAAAGGAACACUUAAUAUUUGCAUAUAAUUAAUAUUUUGCUCUACCUUUUAUAAAUAAAGUGAUACAGAUUACAGUUUUAACAGGUGUUUUGUUUGGGUUACUUUUUUUUUGUGGAUGGGCACAUUCAAUUUUCCCAAGCACGUGAACAACACUAGUAUUUGCUUUUUAUAGGAUUAACUCCUCUAGUGUACUUCAAGUAGUUUCUUUAGCUGAUUCUGUACCAUAGUGAAGUGUUUUUAUUUAAUUUCUUGUCCAUAGAAUGUUUUUUAAGUGCUUCAGACUUAGAUUUCUCACCUGAAAUACAGACCUGAUAAUCACAGUCUUUAUGACAGCGUUACUCAGAAUCAUUUAAAAAAUAAAUCUAGGAGUAACAAGAAAUAGGUACUAUCUAGAAGUACUUGCAAUUGCUUGCAUACUUUCACAAAGAAACUCAGCUUCAGUCAC